UAAAACCAUUGAUGAUGCCAUUUUUUGGAUAUUUUUUUUUUUGAAAGGAUUUUUUUUUUCUUUUUUUUUGAGUGUGAUGCUUCGUAAACAAGCUAAGUAAAUUCUUUCAACAACUUUAAUCUAGCAAAAUUAGAGUAAAGUAAAUUGAAUAACAACUGUAUUCCUUCUAAUGAAUUUAUGACAAAAUUGAAAGAUUCAUUGUAUAUACGAGUUCUACACUAUAAUUUCUUUUGUUAAAAUCUUGCAUCGCAUGAGAAUAAUCUGGUACUGUAAUAAAAAAGAAUAUGGGGCAAAUAAAAAGAGACAGAAAGAGCAUAUUGCAACUUGCAAGUGCCGCCCUACACGCACUUGAAGGAGUUGCUAUAGGCAAGGCGAUCGAUUUGGUGCGCUUUCAGCUUCUCGCUGCUGUCAAUUCCAGGGUUGUACUGCACUGGUUAAGAAAUUUACCCAGAAAUAUUAGGAAGGUGAUGUCCUUUCAAAGUGUCAAUUUCUAUUAUUUCAGAGUCAGGAAAUUGCCAUAUUUACAAGCACCAGUCUUGUCUUUUCCAAUAUGUGAGCUUCCUCGUGGGAGCACCCUAUGUAAUUGACUCCUUCAAAGCGUAUUAUCUCAAUGGGUUGAGCGCUGUGCUCUUGCACGGAGGAUGUAGGUUCAAAUCCUACAUAGGCUAUGAUAUUGGAAAAGUUAUGUAGAUAUGUAUAUCUCUGUUAUAUAAAAUAUAAUGCCAAGAAUUGAUUGUUUUAACUUUGCAUACAUUUUGUAGUAUGUAACUGCCUGUUAUUUCCUUUGCUACACUAGCAGUGGCAUGCUUUUUGAAUGCUAACGAUGUUAUCAACCUCAUGCCUAUUUUAUUCACAAAGAUGGAAGCAAGCAGCUAGGUAACAGAAGGCUGAUAGAGCUGCCGGGUACGAAGAAGUUCCUGUUCCUGUUUCUGAUUUCUUGUUAGCAUAUGACUUACCGCAUUUUUUUGUCUUUGGUUUGGUGUCUCUGUGUUUAGUAGUAGUAGCAUGCCUGCUGUUGAAAUUCCCUUAGAAAAUUGUCUGCUGCUGCUGCUCUUGCUUGCAUGGCAUGUUGAUGUUGUGUAGGUGUUUCUAGAGACUUAGUUACUCAAUUGAGUGAAUUCUGUAACAGAACCAUAAAUAGCCAAUGUAGGAUUGGAUUAAAUCCCCUAAGCUAAUUUA